AUGAUGAUGCUGCAAGUUCUCCUUGCGCUGCAGGCGAACCAGCUUCGAAUUCUAGUGUACCGCCAAAACUUGCUCAGUAGCGAGAGCAUUGAGACAAAUGUCUCCGGUGCAUCUAUCGCCGUCGAGACUGCGAAAAGUACGAUCCACAUGCUAGACUACUUCACUCGUGUUUCAGAUAUCUACUUUCAGCGUCCGGAGCCGUUCAAUUACUUCCUAAUUUCGGCGCUGGCCGCCCUCUUCCUCGCUGUGUUUCAUGCACCAACUCGAUUCAGUAAUGUUUGUCGCGCGGAAUUCUACGCCGCCGUUGACAUGGUGAGGAAGUCUUCCACUCGGGCCAGAACCUCAAGACGACUGCAGAAAAUCAUUCGAAGUUUGAAGUUAAUUAAGUUAAAUGUCGGGAAAUCGCCCUAUAAGCACGGACAGCCGCCGGAAAACCUUGGCAAGGUACUAUCUCGUUUCAGCCAUGGGCAGCAUGACUCGAAUCAAUCCACUUUGUCGCAGUCUCCGCUACUCCCGUCGCACCACCACCAGCCAUCCGGUAUCCCGACUCCACAACCUUCCGCCUCCCUUUGGUCCGUGUCCUCUCCACCGGUCACCGCGCCAGUUAAUUAUGGAAACACCGACGAAAGCUGUGACGAUUUGACCAGUUUCUUUGAGAUGGCUGGAGGACUCUACUUCGAUCCCAAGACGGGUCCCCCCGACGAGACUCUCACAUCGGAUGGCGCUAGUGCAGGGGGUGAAGGGGUUGACGCGUUUCACGCCGAGAACGAGGCGCUGACCCGUGUAAUGGCUGGCCUGUUAUAG